AACAACAAAAAAAAAAUAACAAGAGUAGUAAGUUGACGCCUCCUUGUUGACAUGGCUACUUUAUGCGAAAGAAACAAGGCUAUCUUUGACGUAUUUAAAAUAUUUAAAUUUGUGCAGGAAGUAAAUUGAACCAUUUUCUCUAAAAAUAAUAUGUUUGAUUUUAAUUCCUUGAGACUAGAGUCUAAUGAAAUUACGAUCGUUAACAGAUUCAACAAACUGCCAAAUGAAAAUAAAAAAAUCAAAGUCAAAGGUCCAUGGCCAUGGCUAUUAUGACUACUAUGACUAUACUCUAUACCAGUGGUUCUUAACCUGGGUUCGAUCGAACCCCAGGGGUUUGGCUUGGUGAGUUAGUUCAGUUAGUCUCAGGGGUUCGGCGGAGGUAAAAAAAUAAUCAGAAAAAAAAUCAUAUUUAAUUUUUCCUUUUAAGAAGGGUUCGGUUAAUGCGCAUAUGAUCAAACUGAUUGGGUUCAGUACCUCCAAAAAGGUUAAGAACCACUGCUCAAUACUGAUAAGAUUCUGAUACUAGAUACUAUUACUAUAAUAGUAUAGGCAGGCUAUUUUAUGUCAUAUGACUUAGUACUAUAUAAUAAUAAUACAUAUAAUUAGUCAUUAGUAUUGUUUAUAAUUGAAUUGUUGUUCCAUGUUUAGGCCAUAAAUUAAAAGUGUAGGGCUACAUUAACUUAAAUAAUUUACUUUCCCUUUUUGUCAACAAGGCUUAACAAGUCUAUAGUCUAUUAUUGACCUAUUCAUUGUGUAGGGCAGGGGUCUCUAUGGCUCGCGAGCCAGAUGUGGCUCUAUUGAUGGCUGCAUCUGGCUCGCAGACAAAUGUUCGAUUAUUUAAAAAAAGUCGCAUUAAUGGGAAGAAAUACUCAUUAUAGAUUAGCAACAGCAUAACAAUGUUAUUAAAAUUUAAAAAGAAUUCAGAGACAUACUUAUUGCAUAUUUAGUGUUGAAAACACACAAAAUGCACACAUUUUUGCUUGACACUGCUUGAAUUUUUAGUUUUAAACAUAAUGUAUGGCUCUCACAGAAUUAAUUACUUUUCAAAAUAUGUGGUGUCCAUAGCUCUCUCAUACAAAAAGGUUCCCGACCCCUGGUGUAGGCAGAUCUUAAAAUAAAAUAAAUGUGUAUUCGUUUUUAUAGUGAAUUAAUGCUCCAACAAGAGUGUCAAGAGUUCAGUAGAGAAAAAAAAAUUCUAUGAUAUUAUAUUAUAAAAACUUUAAUAACUUUCUCUGACUCUGUACCUCUCUUUCUCUCUUUAAACAGCAAGUCCAAUGAACAUUUGUGUAACGUGACUGUGGACAGAAGAGUUGAUAAGACCAAGAAAUAAUUAAUGAUAAUAAAUUAACUCCUUAACUAAAAUUUACAUCUGACAUCAUCAUCAUUAUCACCCUUACUACAGAGUAUUAGUACUAUUAGUAUUAGUAGAUUAUAAGUCCAGCACUAUAGUCUAGUAUAGUACAUAAAGGCUACAGUUGUAAGUCAAUAUCAAAAUAUGCUAUGACACUAUGAGACAUAAACUCUGAAUUUUUAUUACAAUAAGUAAAAUAAAUAAAAUUAGUGAUGGGCAGUUGCCUCAUCACUAAUAGUGGUGUUAUCAAGACUUCACCACUAUCUCAAGCAAAUGCGCCACAAUAAAUUUAGUUGCAAGACUAUUAGGAAGAAUUUUUGAAAAUAAAAAUAUAACAUGGAUGGACAGAGAGAAACAGAUCCUCUGGAUCGUCCUCUAUUUGGUGGACCUACAUCAACUGUAAGUUUUGUAAAAUGUAUUGAUUUUCUCAUUGUGCACACUAUGUAUAUGUUAUUAUGUUUUUAUUAUAAUUAUUCUUAAAAUAUUUAAACAUGCUACUGUAAACAAAGUAGAGAUGGGAAUUGAACCAAACACACUGAAAUUGAACCCUACUGACAACUGAACUGAACCCUGCUGACAACCAAACCUGAACUUCUACGUCACUCAGUACAACCAGAACAUUCUAUUGCAAAAGUAUUAGAACCAACAUUAUUUUACGAAUGUGGCAUUGUUUGUUUUAGCAUUUGAAUAGUACUUUUCUUUUAAGAAUAUGAGCAGUAAUUCUUCAAGAUGGGGUUAUUUUAAUAAGGCUCAUUGCUUGUUAAUAAGAUUAUAUUGUUGAUAAUUUCUUUUAUUUCAGAUCCAGUCCUUUUAUUUAAAGCUGUAUUUGUUAUAUAACAUGUUUUCAUUUUCAAAUUUAAAAUGUUAACUUACACUAUGGGAUGAGAGAUCAUUUCAAUUCUCAUUCUUUAAACAAUUUAUUUUUCAUGCAGCAUAUAUAAUUUUUUUUAAAAUGAUUUAUAAAUGAAAAAUAAAAUUAUCCAAAUAACUUCUUCUAAAAACAAAAAUUUAAUUCAAUAAAUAAAAUGUCUUUCAGGAUCGUGUUGUGAAUUUGGUGGUUGGUACAAUUGUUGGCAUUAUGGUCUUGGUAUGUUUAAAAUUUUCUUAUAAGAUUCUAUCUCUGUCAUUUAACAAGCACUUGACUGUAUCAUACUCAUCAUGUUGUGUCGCUUUACUCAAAAAUCCAGUUGAAAUGACUUAAUGAUCUUUAUCCUUUUUAGCCAUCAUUAUUAUGAGCUGUUUGUACCACAUGCAGGGCCAGCCUUAGGCCACUGCAACCUAUGCGGCCGCAGUGGGCCACGCACUUUCAUAGGCCCCGCGCUAAUUCUAGGUGUAAAUUAUCAAAUUAAACCAUUAUAACUUAUAAUCAUGUAUAGGUCAGCAUGUUUAUUCUGUUUUAAUCGAUUAUGUCGUUGUUUCAAAUGAUAACGGCAAGUAAAUAAAAUUGAAAAAAAUUGUAGCUGCUCGGGUGCCUUAUCUCUAAACUCGUCAUUUAGGGGAACUUGGGGUAAGAUGAAACAUACACCGUUCUUAACCCUUUACAGUCCAAGCCUAUUCAGCCAAACAUCAAAGGAAAAGGCAGUAUGAUAAAUCUGUGGAAAACUUCACACAUGGAAAUGCUGAAGAUGACUACAGGAUAAAUUGCUUCAACAGAAUUGUGGACACUGCAAUGCAAUCCUUGCAGCCGAGAUUUGAACAGCUGAAAUCAAACCACAAUCUAUUUGGAUUUCUUGUCAGCUUUAAGAGCCUUCAGCGUGAUGAUAUACGAAAGUUUACAGCGAGCCUCAAGCAAGCAUUGACGUCAUCAACAGACCAGUCAGCAGAUAUAUAUUGGCGAGAAUUAGCAGAUGAAAUGGAAUCUUUAAGGCAUAUUCUACCAAAUACCGCCAAAACCGCGGUAGAAAUUUUGGCUUAUCUGUCCACACUGCUUUCCCAAACUACUUUGUUGCACUCAGAAUAUUUUUAACAAUACCCGUAACUGUGGCAUCUGAUGAGAGAAGCUUCUCGCGCCUCAAACUAAUCAAGUAUUACUUGAGGUCAAUAAUUCACGAAGAUAGAUUGAACAAUUUGGCAAUUCUUACUAUUGAGCGUGAUCUAUGUAGGAAACAGAAUUUUGAUGAUAUACUGUAUGACUUCCCUACACGCAAGGCUCGUAAAGUAAAGUUAAUUUGAUCGUGAUUUUGUACUUAGUAAAGAAUUAAUAAAAUGCAUAGACGAAUUUAUUUUCGAAUACAAAAUCUUAAUUUUCAUUUAUUAUCCUUGUCUCUACCCAGACUGGGCCGCCGCGCAAUCCAUUUCGCAUAGGGCCCGGCAAUUGUUAGGGCCGGCCCUGACCACAUGUCAGUUUUCAUUUACUGGACAUUAAUGUAAUUUAUCAAGCCAAAUAUUGCUUUAGCAAUUUUAGUUAAUUUUUCACAAAAUAAGAUAGGUCAUUUUAUAACAGAAGACCGUCUUCUGUUUCAAUUAAAGUAUGUCAGCUGUGUCAAAACUCUUUUUCAGUACACCUUAUAUGUGAUAAAUUUAAGGCUACGUAUUGAUAAUAUUGUGUUAUUAUGCUUUUUUAUUUUUACAGGUGACAUUGAUAAGCGCAUUUGUCUUUCCCCAAUGGCCUCCUGAUGGCGUCAAUGUUUUUUUUGCUCUUGUCAUCUUGUUAAUUUGUGCUUCCCAUUUAUUGUUGGUGAGUAUCAAUCAUACUGUCCAUAAUAGCUUAGAGGUUGUGAAACCACUUAUUGUUGGUAUCAGUAUCAGUCAUACUGUCCAUUAAUACCUUAGAGCAGGCCUGCACAACAUACGGCCCGCGGGCCGGAUGCAGCCUGCUAGCACCCACUUUGUCGCCCGCAAAGUAACGAAAUAUUCUUUAUUUUUAUUAUUUUUUUAAUAGUUUUCUCCCUGUCCUAUUUUCUUUUGGCUCGCAGAAGUCCUGCCCCAUUUUAUUUUGGCCUGCAUAAGUUUUUCAUAAAGUAUUAUGGCCCGCCUUAGAUUUUGAGUUGUGCAGGCCUGCCUUAGACUUAAAGGUUGUCAAACCAUUUAUUGUUGGUGAGUAUCAGUAUCAGUCAUACCGUCCAUAAUACCUUAGAGGUUGUCAAACCAUUUAUUAUUAGUGAGUAUCAAUCAUACUGUCGAUUAAUACCCUAGGGGUUGUGAAACCAUUUAUUGUUGGUGAGUAUCAGUCAUCCUGUCCAUAAUACCUUAGAGGUUGUGAAAUCAUUUAUUGUUGGUAAAUAUCAGUCAUACUCUCCAUAAUACUAAUACCUUAGAGGUUGUGAAAACGUUUUUUUUUUUACAAUCUAUAACUACAUCGAGUUACAGAAUUAAAUAAUUAUUGGUUUUAACAAAUUUGUUUGAUUUCUUAUUCUUGUAGCUAUGAUAGAUCACAAUGGUUUAGAAUGUACCUAAUUAUUAUUAUGGGUUUAAUUGAAAUCAGAUGGCAGCAAGAAAUUAAAAGUGAGGAAAAACUCUUUUUAACUACCCACAGAGAGUUGAAUAAUAUUUUAUGAUUCACAAAUCUUUUAGUUUGCAGAGAAAUUGUAGAACUACUUAAUAAAGUUAAAUUUAAUAUGAUGUAAUUUUUUUUUAAAACAGGUUUAUUGGUAUCGACAAGGUGAGCUUGAACCAAAAUUCAGAACAAUGAUUUUCUACAAUGCUUUUACAAUAUUUAUGCUGUGCAUUGUGGGUAAUCUCUACAUCCAUGGAGUUGGUAGCCGUACACAGACAGCUUAAAAUCAUUAAAGCAGUUGAUAUAUUGAUUCUUUUUGCAUUUAAUUGGUGGUCAAAUUAUCUUUGUGGAAAUUAAAAAGUAUAUAUGAUCUCAAUCUCAGUGAAACUUUAAUACCCUGUACUGAGUAUUUGUUAGCAGAAAAUUAAUCAAAUGUCUAAUCAUCUUUCAGAUGCAAAGUCUAAAUAAAGGCUGACUUUUAAAUCAAAUUUAAUGUUACGCCCCGAUAUUUAAACUCUGUUUUUAAGCUUUUCAAUUUAAAGGCACACCACAAUAAGUUAUUUAUAUUUUGAUAUAUUGUGUAAGUUUUGGUUUGAAAAUUAAUCAGAAUGAAAUGAUAGUCAUUCUAUAAAACAAAAACCUAUCUUCAGUUAUACCGUAACACCCAUUCUUACCAAAAUAACACAGGUUUAUAAUACCUAACAGAAGAAAAGAAUACUUUAUACUGGAUUAUAAUAUGUCAUUAUAUGUUUUUUGGACAUGUUUUGUUAAUCAUCAAUACACAUCCAGUAUUAUAUUUUUUUAACAUUUUUAUUUUUAUUCUUUGAUAUCAACUUUUUUUAAAGUGACCAUUCAAAUUUUGUCUUCUGCUUAAAUUUAUUCUUAUUUCACUUUGUGUGUAUAUAGUUACAGCCAAAACCAUGAUAAUAUUCCUAUUGACGUGCCACAAAUGUUAGUCAUACACAGAUACGCUGCACUAGAUUUAAUAUAAUGUAUUAUCUGUUUAUUGAAUGAAUGUAUUUUAAUUUAUAAUGCUUGCUCUCUGAACUCUCUGUAUUGAGAAUGGAUUUUUGAUUUUUGAUGAUUGCAAGUUUAUUUUAUCCAAUGGUUAGUUCAGGUAAAAAUGUGUAAAUAUGAAAUUUUAACUUAUUUGUAUUAAAGUUUGAGAUGUCCAUUUAGAUAUCAAUUUUUAUUUAUCAAAUACUGACCAGUGUAUUUAAAACUUAAUCCAGCUGUAAAAACAUGUGACAUGCCAAUAGAUUUCUAUUAGAUGAAAGAAUAUAGGGCAAAUUGGCUAAAAAAAAACAACGAAAUAACAUAUAGUGUUGAACUGAACAAAUUUAUGAAAUUUCUUAGGUCCAUGACUUCACUAAUCAAUAAAUUUAUCAUGAUCCAGUUUGCAUCUAAAUUUUAACAUAUUAUUUCAGUAUUUUUUGUUAUAAAAAUAUUAAAUAAAAUGCAUUUGCAAAAAUAAAAUUUGCACAAACAAAUUGACAAAAAUUCAUCAACUGAACCUUUGAUCACAGUUAAAACAUCAGUAUUUAUUAACUCUGCCAAUGUUUUUUGUGUCUAUAACACUAUAACAACA